AUGCAUAAAGUAUAAAUCUAAAAUAGUGAUAAUUAUACAAAAUAUGUAAAUAGUGUUUAUUUUGCCGCAAUUACUAUAGGAACUAUUGGGUAUGGGGAUAUUACACCAAAUAAUAAUUUGGAAUAACUUUUUGUAACUUUUAUAGCUAUUUUAUCUUCAGGAAUUUUCGCAUAUAUUUUGAGUAAUAUAUAAAAUGUGUUUAGAGAAUAUAACGAAAAAUAAGAAUAUUAUAGACUAUAAUUAAUUGAUUUAAACAAUUAUAUGACAAGUAGAGAAGUUAAUCCUUAAUUAUAGUAAAUGGCAAGAAAAUAUCUUAAGUAUGUGAAUGAAUAAGGAUAUAGAAGUAAUAAAAUUCCAAGUGAUUCUUUAAAUGGUUUAAGUUAAAUUUUAAAAAAAGAAAUCUAACAUGAAAUUGCUCUAAAAUCUAUUCAUAAAAUUAAAUUUCUUAGUAAUAAUUUUUCCAAGAAAUUUCUAGAUUCACUUUCAGAUGCUAUUAAAGAAAUUAAUUUCGGACCAGACGAGAUUAUUAUGAAAAAUGAUUAACAUAAUAUUCCUUGUUUAUAUUUAAUUCUAAAAGGAACUGUAGAUAUAUAUAUGGAUAAUGGAAAAAAGAAUAACAAUUCUAUAAUGAAUGAAAUAAAACAGUUUAGUCGUUUAAGAUAAAAUCAAAUAUUUGGUUUAUAUGAAUUCUUGUCAUAAAAUUAUUACUCUUAAACAAGUGCAAGGAGUAUAGGAGUAACAACUAUACAUUAUAUAGAAUUAGAUUAAUUUAUUAAAGUUUUAAAUUAAUAUCCGAAUGAUAGAGAGACAUAUUUUAAUAUGAAAGAUAAUAUAAAUUUAUAUAAUUCUUUAGAAGAUUAUAAAUUAAUGUGUUAUUCAUGUAAAAGUAAUAUGCAUUUAAUUAAAGAUUGUCCUCUUUUUUUUUAUAAACCGAAAAAUCAGAGAGUUUUGAAUAUAUUUUUAAAAGAAUAGUAAUAGUUUAUUAAAUAAUUCAAAAGAAAUAUGGUCAGAUAGAAGUUUGCGACUAUUAGCUAAUAUUAUUAUAUUAAAGAAGAUAUAUAAUUUUAUUAAGAUGAAAAUUAAAUUGUAAGAAUAUAAGAUGAAUUUAUGGACUAAUAUGAUGAAUAAUUAAAAAAUGAAAAUGAAUUUGAUGUCUAGAAAAUAUAUAACAAUAGUCAAGGCUAAUAAAAAUAAAAAUAAACGCAAAAUGUAUUUUAAAAAAAAAAAUCUAGUAAUUUAAAAAAUUUAAAAAGAUAAAUAUCUUCAAAAUUAGGUCUUAAUUAAAUUUUAUAAUAAAAUUAAAACUAUUACGAUAUAUAAAACUAAGAUGAUAAUUAAUAAAAUAUUAACAAAUAAAAAUAAGAACUUAUUAAUAUGUUUAUAUAAUAAACUAGAAAUUAAAAUAAUUUAUAAGGUCUUUAAGGAAAUGAUAUAGAAAUGCAUUUUGAUUUUAUUAGAAUUUUUAAUAUUUAUAUGGCACAUAAUAAUGUUUAAAAUGUUUUAUUAAAAUAUAAUCGCUUUUACAAAAUUUACAGAAGUUAGUUAAAGAUUAAAAAAAAAAAUAACAUAAUGUAUAUAUCGAAAAAAAUAGAUCAAAAUUAUUCGCCAAGAUGUUAAAGAUUUAAAAAUUAAUAAACAAUAAAGCAAUAAUGA